UUUUUACUGCUCUAAUUACGUUGGUAACCAGUUUAUAAUAGCAAUAAGGCACCUCGGGAGUUUGUUGUAUAUGGCUACUAUACCACGGCUACGGGCUGUAUCCAGGCACUCCGCGUUGCGUCAGGUUUAAGAACAGCCCUUGGCCGUGGUAUAUUGGCAAUAUACCACACCCCCUCGUCCUUAUCGCUUUAAUAUGUACUACACAUUAUUUACACCUGCUAAGAGACCCACUGUAGAGUAUCACAGAAAAAAAUGUGUCUUCGAGGGGCCGGUUUUUCCAUGAACCGCUUGACCUCAGCAUGAGGUUUACAGAAGACCCAUAUCAAGAUCCAAACAGCCAAUCAACCUAUAAACAUAGACCAAUGAAUGAUGGACGGUGAGAAUAUGGAGCUUGUUGGUGUAACACACGUUUUGGACGCCAUUACGUUUUGGGCACAGAAUGUCAAGGACGAUCAAGCCAUUGAAAACAUAAGAAAAGCCUUGGCAGACAAAUGCCCCACAGCCCCAAGGGUACUUGGAAGUCCCAAUCCUCAGAAGAUUUAUGGGGCAGUCUUCUCUGAGGACAGCUGUUGGUACAGGUGCAAGGUUCUGCAGCAGACUGAUAAUUUUCACGUGUCCUACAUUGACUAUGGGAACACAGAGUUAGUCAGUCGGUCAGCUCUGGUGGAGCUGCCAGGGGAUCUACAGGCACCUUGUCUGGCCAAGAAGUACAAGUUCCAGGGCUUCAGUGUGUCCACUGACCAAGACUCAGCACAUUUCCUGCAGGGAAAGGCCUUCCUUCAGAAUCUGAUCUAUGGGAAGAAGGUCCGUAUCCAGAAGAAGUCUGUCUGCUUGGACGGGACCGUCCUGGUCCAGGCCUUUCAGGGAAACCUGGACAUCGGUGAAGAGGUUUUGAAGAUGAAGUUCGCCAAGUUCACCCUCCCGGGGAGUAACCGUGAGGGCCCCAUGUCUGUGCGGGCCCUGCAGGAGUCCCAUUGCCCGUGGCCUCAGCGGGUGUUGGAUUGGCCUAGCCCCCAGGGGGAUGGGGACAUGCCUGGCUCUACAGUCUGCAUGCCCAAACUACGGCCUGCUUUCCCCGACCAGAGUCCCCUUUCAAUGAAGGAGAAGAGCAAGGCCACAGCCCAGCAUGCUGCCAACCUAAUGAAGAAGAUGGACCAGGAGCUGGUGGAGGAGAACCAGAGGCUGAAGGCAGAACGAGAGACCCAGCGCAGGGAGGACCAGCUGAGAGACAGCCUCUCAGAGCUCCAGAAGUUGAAAGAGGAGACUGUUAAUUAUGCUAAAGAGGCAGAGAGAUGGAAGGUGGAGAGGAACACACUCCAGAACCAAUCAGAGCAGCUGGAGAAACACCUGCAAGUUGCCAAACAGGAAGUGCAGGGUCCUAAGUUUGGAAGGGACAUGGUAGUGCAGGCUAUGAGGGGACAGUUAAAGAAGAAGGAGAAGCAAGUGGAUAAGCUCCUGGACUCAGCGGUGGCUGAACGGUUCUGUCGACUGGCUGAGAGAGUCGAUUCUCUGAGAGGAUUAAGAGAGAGAAACCCAGGUAACACGGAUAGCGACAAGCUUACGGAGUCUAUCAACAUUGUCAUAAACAACAGCAUCUCUGCCCCGGUUGCCAUGGAGAAGCUGGAGUCGGCAUGGAGAGAUUACAGCCUGGCUCAGGAGAAACUCAAGGCCUGUCAGACGAAGGAGCAGCUUGGGGAUCUGAUAGACAACCGGAAUAAGGUGCGAGGUGUUCUGACUGCCACUGUAGAGUCCUUCCUUCAGGAGGCUGAGUGUUUGCCAGUCAGACAACGCAUGGACAAACUGGAGGAGGUGAGCUCCUCCCUGACUGCAGUGUUUGGUCCAGCCUCUAUGGAGGGUGAUGUUGGAGAGCAGGCCUUUGAGCAGUACUGCCAGUGGAGGACUCAGAGGAGUCAGCUCACCAGCUCUGUCAGAGACGGGACGGACAAGGCCCUCCAGGCCCUGUGUACCUGGUCGGAGAACGUUGGCAAGUUUUUCUGCCUGUCAGCUAACACAGUGGUGGGAGUGAAUGACAUCGUGGACGGAGUGAAUGAGCUGCUGAAGCAGGCAGAGAACAACGUGGCCAAGGAGCUGGACUCUCCCCUGUCAGUCGGGGAGCAGAACAACCAUGAGACCAAGGCAGUGUCCAACGCUUUCCACAAAGUCAUGCAGCACAUUCAGAGUGAGCAGAGUCUGCUGAGUGACAUUAUGGAGAAAUAUCUGCUCAACACCAAGUUUAAGGGUGAGAUGCUACAGUGGCAGAAUACUAGCCCGACUCCAGACUCUCUGUUCUCUGUGAAGAAACGUAUCCGCAGCCUGAGGGCUCAGCUGAGGUGGAGACAGGUGGAGGAGGCCAGUCUGGAGGAGGCUGAAGACUUUGACCUAACGGAGAUUCUGAAGAAGAAGGAAGAGAUUGCUGAGACCAGAAACACUCUUUUCCAUGAAAUCGGUCAAGAAAGAAAAGAAUAUAUGAAGCUCAGUGCUCUGGCUGAAGGCUGCUGUCCUGAGCUCCCCCUGCUCUACCCUGAGGCAGACAUCCACAGCCACAUGAGCUCUGGAGGUCUGGUGGUGAAGAGUCUGGACAGGGACAUGUUUGACGCUGAGCCCAUGAAGGAGCUGAGUGGACGCAGGCCUCUGGUCUGUACUGAGUUCCAGGGACAGAGGGUCAUACUCAAGGGUUACACUGUGAAUGAGGAGGCAGAGGCCAGAGUGUUGGAGAGAACCACCCAGUUUCACAGAACCAGGACUCAGCGGGAGAGUCAGACUGACACUGGAAUACUCCCUCUUCUGGCACUGUUCUUUGGCAAGUCAGACCCUCUUGCCUAUGUGAUGGUGCCAUACUUCCCCAAUGGAAGUCUCUGGGCUGUUCAGGCUGCCAAACCCCUAACAACCUCAGAGACUGUGAAGGUGAUGAGAGGCGUGGCCAGGGGCCUCCAGGCCCUCCACGCUGCAGGUGUCACCCAUGCCUCCCUCAACCCCAACAACGUCUUCGUCCUCCACCGACACCAAGGCAUGGUGGGAGACUACGACUUCAUAAAGACUCCUGUACAGAGGGCAGUGGACAGUGGGAUGGUGGCCGGCUCUAUCAGCCUGGUUGCCCCAGAGCUCCGUCAGACACAAGGCACACCUCCUACUCCAGCCUGUGACAUGUACUCCUACGGCUGCCUGCUGUUCUGGCUGCAUGCCCCAGGGUUCAACGGGGAUCUGGAUAGUGGCAGCAGACUGGCCCUGGAUAUCAGCGGAGUGAAACUGGAGGACAAACUCCAAGCCCUGCUGUCUAAGCUGCUGGUGUGUGUUGGAAGACUGACUGCUGCUGAGACCCUGGCUGAUGACUACUUCCUGUCUGACCAGUAACCAGGCAACUGGUACAUACUGGGAUAGUUUGGUUGACAGUUUUACUUUAAUACUAGCCUGGGUAGCCUUGGUAAUGUCUGUUUAGCUAACAUUCCACUCCGUGACAUGCCAAAUAUGGUUUACCAGUACCCAGACUACUUCAAUACUACAAUGUUUUGUUGAUCUCCCAAUAUAAAAGCACAAUAUAUUUGUCAGUCUGCUGAUUUAAAAGCACAGAAUCAUGUUUAGCUGUAUAUUAUUUUCCUUUUUAAAUGUUCUGUUCAGUAACUAGGUGAUGUUGGAGUACCCUGUCUUGCAGUUGUCACUUUCUAGAGGAAAUAAAAGACACGUUCUGAGAUGGACCUGAUCUUUAUGGACCUGGUCUGUAUGGACCUGGUCUGUAUGGACCUGGUCUGUAUGGACCUGAUCUGUAUGGACCUGAUCUGUAUGGACCUGGUCUCAUUUAGAACUCAAAGGGAACCACCACCAGCACAAUGCUUUCGGUUCUAAGACAUUAGUUAGAGUUUUUGCUGCUGUGUACUCUUUAACACUAGUUCUGUGCUCUGUUGCUGACUGUCUCCUGACUUGCCUGAUUGGGAUGUUGUCAGCAUCAAUCUACUGUAAAAUCUCUGAAAAUCCCUUGGAAAACGCUCCCCUGAGAAAAUUGUUAUCAUUACAUGUUUUCUCACCCUUCACUGGUUGAAAACUAUGGUCAGAUUUUUGUGCCCCCUACGUGCCCCUAUUUUACAGAACUGCGGGUUGAUGGUUUUGCACUCUCUCUAAAUGUCCUUUGAUUUGGAGAGAUUCAUUAGAAGUUGGGCUUUUUUUGUUGUUUAUUUUCCAUCUGUAAAAACACAAUGUUCAUAUUGUAUUUUUGUCUCAUUCUCAUCAUUUAAUUUCAUAUCCUCAUUUAAUUUCAUAUCCUCAUCAUUUAAUUUCAUAUCCUCAUCAUUUAAUUUCAUAUCCUCAUCAUUUAAUUUCAUAUCCAAACUGCUGGAGUAAAAAUACUAAAGAUGUUUUGCUUCAAUGCCUCAUUACAUAUGGAGCCAGAUGUGUAUAUGGGCUUGUCCUUAUCUGGGGAUGACUUCCUUAAUCUUUGUUGUUCUGAUGUGGAACAUCAGGCUUCCAUGAGAGAGGACUACUGCUGCCCAUCUUCUGCCUGUCUGGGAAUGGUUACUUCCUUAAUCCUUGUUGUUCUGAUGUGGAACAUCAGGCUUCCAUGAGAGAGGACUACUGCUGCCCAUCUUCUGCCUGUCUGGGAGGGUUUUCCAUGACAGUUAAUGGCUCAUCAAUUUGGGGAGGAUCUGUAAGAGUGGUGUCACUGGUUGGAGAAUGACCUGUCUGCAUUAGGGCUUGUGAGAGAUUUAUCCAGAGGUCUUCUUUUCCUUCAGGACUGGUGGUGGUCUAUCCUUUGAGGAGACUUGCCUUGAAAUUGAUAGAUCAAUUAUUCAUGAGAAAUAAUGGCUGUCCAUUGGGAGUGGUUCUUUACAAAACCUUACCUAACUAUAAUUUGAUUCCCUUUUGCCUAGUGGGUGGCUGUUUGAAUCUUAUGUGGUAGAAGUCGCUAUUUUACAUAUGGUCAACUUUGAACUUGUCCCAAGUAAUGGCUGUUACAGUUUAGCAGAUGCUCUUAUCCAGAGCAAUUAGGAUUAAGUUCCUUGCUCAAGGGUACAUCGACAGAUUCUUCACCUAGUCUGCUUAGAGAUUCGAAAUCCAGCGAUCUUUCGGGUUACUGGCCCAAUGCUCUUAACCGCUAGGCUACCUGCUGCCCUGUUGGUUUAUGUUGGAGUCUCAGGACGUUGUUGUGAUUCAGUGUUUGGAAGAGGCACUAUCCCCCUGAAAGAUGCAUCGUUCUAAUAAACUUCACUUUGUAAUGGGAAGGGGCUGAUGGAGGAAGAUGAACAGACAGUUCAGGUAAACACCACUUUUUACUGUUAGGACUUGUCUGCCUGUUUUAAAAUACACUUCUCGUCCCCUUUUAGUGUUUUAAACUAACAUAAAUAAAUUCUCAUACACCAGAACCACUGGGACAUAUUGUUCAUAAACACGUUUUAAUGCAAAAUGAACAAAUCAACCAUCAGUCGAUUCAAGAUGAGCAUCAGCGGUUUUCUAGUGGAAAAACCAUUGAAGAGCUUGUCAGGCAAGCAGUUAUCUCAAAGUGGGCACUCUUUUUAAAUGAAACGUUAAAACUAUAAAUCCUCUUCAAGCCAUUGUCCCUGCCUGGACUCU